GUGCAGGGAGAAAAGCGAGCUGAGGGUUAAAACUAAUCUCAGAAGAAAGGCCGUUAUUCGUAGCCGCGGUUUGUUUUAUCGGCCUACAGAGGCCUCGUACUAAAGACAUGCCCCGUUCGUUUGGGCUUUUAGGCGCCAACUUUUAACCGCGCCGAGGAAUUCCCCCAGUAUGUCCCCCGUCUGCGGACACUGAGCCGUCGCUUUUCAGAGAGGAUAACAGGGAUAACGGGGAUAACAGGAGUGAACCUGCUGCUGCUCUCCGCGGUGGAUGUGACCCACUAGUUAGUAUCUGCGCUCAGAGACGGAUGUGGACGAGCAUCAAUGAUGUCAGGAAAGCAUUACAAGGGCCAGGAGGUCAGCUGCUGCAUCAAAUACUUCAUAUUUGGAUUUAACAUAAUAUUUUGGUUGUUGGGGGUGGCCUUCCUGGGCAUUGGAUUGUGGGCAUGGAAUGAAAAGGGUGUGCUCUCAAACCUCUCCUCCAUCACUGAUCUUGGUGGGUUUGACCCUGUCUGGCUCUUCCUGGUGGUAGGAGGGGUGAUGUUCAUUCUGGGUUUUGCUGGCUGCAUUGGAGCGCUGAGAGAGAACACGUUCCUGCUCAAAUUUUUCUCUGUGUUUCUGGGGAUUAUAUUCUUCCUGGAGCUGACAGCAGGAGUUCUUGCCUUUGUUUUUAAGGACUGGAUCAAAGACCAGCUCAACUUCUUCAUUAACAACAACAUCAGAGCCUAUAGAGAUGACAUCGACCUCCAGAACCUUAUUGACUUCACUCAGGAAUAUUGGGAGUGCUGUGGGGCAUUUGGAGCUGAUGACUGGAACCUCAACAUCUACUUCAACUGUACAGAAAGCAAUCCCAGCAGAGAGAAGUGUGGGGUGCCCUUCUCCUGUUGCACCAAGGACCCAGCGGAGGAUGUCAUCAACACGCAGUGCGGAUAUGAUGUCCGGGCUAAAUCGAGUGAAGAGCAAAGGACAUACAUACAUGUGAAAGGCUGCGUGCCUCAGUUUGAGAAGUGGUUACAGGACAACCUGACAGUAGUGGCAGGCAUCUUUAUAGGAAUUGCACUUCUACAGAUAUUUGGAAUAUGUCUGGCACAAAACCUAGUGAGUGAUAUUGAAGCAGUGCGCGCAAGCUGCUUGUUCUCCUGAAGCAGAAGCUAAGGUCCCAGCAUACGUUCACAGGAAUACGCCUGAGUAAGAGCGCCAGCAACGCAGCAACUCUACAUGCCAAGUUCACCAGGUCAUCUAUGUACAAAUGUGACCUGCACCACUGUCUUUUACUACGUGUAAAUAUUGAUUUUUCUAGAGUGUUUCUUGUGUCAAACACUUGUGUACGAAAUAUAAAAAAAAGUGUGGCUCUGUGUGUGAGUGUGUCUGAACUGUGAGAGCUGUGUCCCUCAAUGCACUGCAUGCCUCUCACACUGGCAGUGAACAUCCCAUAUUAAAAGAAAACUCUGGCAUUUUUCAAGCUAAACUCUCUCUGCUGCGUCCAAAUUCUGUUAAAUCAAAAUUGUCUUGGAACAUUCAGUCCAAGACAAUUAUGCUGCAGUUUAUUGUUAUUUUGAGCUCAUUUUAAUGGCUUCAAAGCUGUGGGACAUCGUCUGCCAGUACAAUGAUAGAAUGAUCCACUCAUAGUAGAAGCCAGUGGGCAGUUGCUCAAUUCUGUGAAUAAACAUUGGUAAUACAUGGAAAUAAGCAGAAAAGCUGUUGUUAGUAAAUUUUAUCUAACUUGGUAACAAAUUACCAUAAAUACUUCCCUCUGGAAAGCGUAUCUUUGAAAGAACCAACUAUGCAGCCUUACAACUUAAUUUACAAACAUCUUUGACUGCAGAAUUCAGGAAAAUGUUCUACAAAAAUAUGUUUUGCAUAAACAUUUACUGACAAAUCUCUGUCUGCCCAUUUGGAUCUGUUUUGAGUCACAAAAUGUUCAGUACUUUUCUAAGAACAGGGACACUAAGUUACUAUCCAUUACUAAUUAACCAUAUGCUACAAAUGCAGCAGACAGAGAUUACGCUUAAAAUCCUGCUUGUGUUAACACUGUUUCUCAUAAGUGUAAGGAUAGCUGUGUAUACAGAAGCUAGAGUAGGAGUGCACAACUCCGGUCCUGGAGGGCUGGUGUCCAGCACAGUUUGGUAAUUUACCUGCUUAAGCACACCUGAUUACACUCAUCUGUUAGUUGCCAGGUGGGUGGGUGUGUUUGAGCAGACAUUAAAGGCCAGGUGUGUGUUGGACCAGAACUCUCCAGGGAAGUAGAUCUCCAGGACCAGGAUUGAGCACCCCUGCAAUAAAGUUAUGGUCCACUUUAAGGGCAUCAUUAUUAGCUCCACUGGAAACUGUGGAUAUUGCUGAUUUCAUCAGCUUGUGUUUUCUUUAUCUUUUUUUCUGUUGUACCAUUUUUAAAAAUGCAGUAUCAGCUUUUUUUCUCAAAAUUCAUGUAAACACUUUAAUCUAUGCUGUCUGGUUGCACUCUUUUGUCUCAGAGGGUGUGUAAUUAUUCUGUAUUAAGCAACAGUCCACAAUCUUUUCUGAACAAACUGCUGCAGCAGCAAAAUGAACAGAAUCAGUGUUGUCAGGUGGUUUAUGAACUAAUCAGAAAGAUGUUUGUUCAGAGGUCAGGGUUAUAGCUAACAUGCAAUACAUAAGUAGAUGGCUUUAUAUAUUUAUCACAUUCAGGAUGUCUUUUUCAUUCUUUGACAGCAAUGUAAAGUGGAAUUUCACAGAUUUUUCUUCUGCACAGUUCAAUAGUUGAGAGGCAAACAAAGUCAUUCAGAGUGUUGUGAUGUGAAAUGGUGCAUUGUAGAGAAAUGUAUCACCUCAGAUUUCUUAACAGUGUUGCUGAUGGGGACAGGGGUCGCGAUGACAUAGCAAUUUUAUUUACUAUCCAACAGAACCAGUUAAUCUACACAUCUCAGUUUUUAUAUGUAAUGUUGAUAAUGUUAAAACUGUGGUAAGUCUGAAAAAAUGUUUUCUUUGGGUACUUUUUUCCCUUUCAACACCCUGCAUGUACCUCUAAUACUACAUUUUAGGCCUAAAACUUCUCACAACUGUGGUAAAACAACAUCUUGGGCAUCAGACAGCAUAUUCAUAACCAUUUCAUGUAAUAACUUUCAGUAAUGUAGCUUUAAAUAUUUUGUAUGUCUGGUUCCCAUCACUACUGUGAUUCUGACUUGGUAAGUUUUUCUAGAAUAGUGUAUUUCAAAACAGACCACUCUGAACAGAUGUUUACGGUCAUCUUGACUGUUUACAUAUAUAAACAAUUUGAACAAUCAGUGUGAAUUCAGAUUACAGAUUAUAGAACUGGAGGCAUACAGCAAAGAACUUUGUAAGCCUCGACAUGUCUAGAACACAUAAAUAUACAGUUUAUAUAGAAGCCAAGUAUUUUUUGUCAUUUAAUGAAGUUUUACAUAUAAAGAUCACUCUUCACACAAUUUAUUUGAAGCAUAAAAUGACUGGAGUUCAACAAAAGUACACAGAGUCAAAUGAAAAUCUGUACAGUUAACUAGAAGGAUGUAAAAAUGUGUAAGAAAGUGUUUUAAUAAAUAAUCACGUUAGAGGGGGCCAGAGUUUGUGAUAAAUUGUAUUUAGUCGAAUAAACCAAUGUGCUGACCUGCUGACAUUGUGAAGAAAUGUAUUAACAUUAAAGCUGAGGAAGGGAUCACUA